UCUAACCAAUGAGGAAGCCAAAUUUAACUUCAAAGUUACGGUAAAGGAUUUUUUUGUUCCAAACAAAGUAAAAAUAUAAUACAAUGUGGUUAAAGGUAUCGAAAGUAUUGAUAUUUUGUUACAAUAAAAAAAGUGGAAUCUGAUGACACAAUUUCGGUCACAUUUAUCAAAUAAUAUUCUAUUUUUCUGUUGUGUUUCUAUCGAUGUUGUAACCAAAAAGUCGCUUCGCCAAAAUGGACGAAGUUAGACCUAUCAUUCACAAUCAAGGGUCUGUUUGUAGUGAUUCCAACGGAGAUGAUACAUCUCGAAAUGAUGUGCCUCCGAACUUGGAUUUAAGAAUAUGCUUGGUAGGCAGCUUAGCUAAUGAUUCAGAAACGCAAGCAGUGGCUCAAACAUUUGGUGUUCCUAUUGUAAGCUCAAAAGAUGGACAAGACUUUGCUCAAGAUGACAGUUGCAGUACUGUGUUCGUUCUAGAGGAGUUUGAAGGAGAUGUAUUCAAUAGAUUAUAUAGGUCUAAACUUCAAUUGUUGGGACCAGUGGCUCUUAAGCAAUUGGCCCUUAAAAAGGAGAAACUACCUUGUAAUACUAGGCCUUUGCAUAACCUGGCUAUGACUGGUAUUAUAGUAUGUUUCACAGGAUUUAGAGAAAAGGAAGAACUAGCAAAAUUGGUAACUUUAAUACACCACAUGGGAGGAUCAAUAAGAAAAGACAUGUCUGCCAAAGUAACUCACUUAAUUGCUAAUUCAGCUGGUGGUGAUAAAUACCAGUAUGCAGCUACAUUUCGUGUUCCUGUAAUGGAUCCUAAAUGGGUUAUUGAAAGUUGGAAACGUCGUAUGGAUAUGUAUUUUACUGUCACCAUAGAAGAUUUUCUGGUUAAACACAAGUUGAAACCUUUUCAUGGCGCUCGGGUGAGUUUUGUUGGAUUUCCUGAAGAAGAAGAGAAACACAUGACUGAAGUGUUGGUUUUGAAUGGAGGCACGGUGACAAGUUGUGACGACACUAAUUGCACACAUGUGGUAAUGGAACAUGCUGAAAUCUACACAUUAGAAGCUGCUAGCGCACCAUUGUCCCCCAGAUCCUCCAAAUUUGGUCCUGAUGCACCUACUUACCAAACCUCCUCUCCAUCCGGCAAAUCUAAAACUCCCAAAACCCCAUCAUAUCACAACGGCACUAAUAAUUUAUCUUUUAGUAAUUGUUUCAAAGCGAAUCAAAGUAAUGCAUGUCUAGAAACUUUACAUGAAAAUUCUCAUGAUGAUAAUAUCGAUUGCAUGGAUAGUAUUUGCUUUGAUCAGUCUUUUGAUCCGAAUUUAACCCCUCAAAAAAGAAAGAGAAAAUUUAAUUCUCCCGAACAAUCGAGUAUUUUAGUUAAACGAAAAAGAGACAAAAGUUAUAGCGAGAGAAAAAAGAAAGUAUCCGAGUUUUUCAAAACUCCCAUUAACUAUUUUUCCAAUCGUAGAAGAACAAUUGAUGCUUCGUCUUUUAUUAAUCAAAGUUUAAGCGAGAGUGUAAUAUCGAGUUCGGGUAUUUUUAAUGUAGACGUUGUUCAAAAUUUAAGCUUUUUCAACGACAAAGAAAUGACGCCGCAGGGGGUAGUUAAACGUCCCAAAAAAAAUUUGUUCACUCGAACUUUCAGUUCUUCGAAAUUCAGGAGGACAAAGAAAACUAACGAUUUGAACGCAACCAAAUUGUCGUUUGGUGAAGUCAAUGAAAUUGACGGUAGGGAAAAGUUGAACGCCACCUGUUUUCCCGAUAUUUCCCUGAAUCCUAUUACCACUAACAAUUAUGAGCUUAGCAGUGAACAUACCAGGGCAUCGACGAGAACUUCUGUGUCUGCUGUUGCGGUCGUGGACGAAUCAACGGUGACCGAAAGGCCGGAGGCGCCAUCCAAAGUAUGGAUCGUUAAGGCAGAAUGGUUCUGGACUUCAGUACAAAAGGAGACGAGUUUGCCGGAGAAAGAGUAUCUUUUUGAUGAUUACUUGGAUCAAGUAUUAUCGCCGUCAGGUCGCAGAGAUUCAAGUGCCACGCCAGGAAGUGCCGCUAGACGGCGGAAAAGAAAAUUACUUCUUUCUUCACUGGUGCACCCCCAAUCGCCUGCUCUUACUAAAAGAAGAUCUUCCGUCAGCGAUGCUGGAUUAUUGUCUGUCUCGGGGUCAUUUUUGGACUGCACAACGAGUCCUAGUAAGGAGAUAUUAGAUGGCACAGAGCCAGUUAUUGAUACUCCUAGAAAGGGAUUGACACAAAGGCAUCAGGUGUUUUUGGAGUUGCUUCAAACCGAGACCAACUAUGUAGACAUUUUACAUACAAUUGUGACGAUGUUUAAGAAGCACUUGGAAGAGAUGCCCGAACAGGAAGCGUUACUCAACAACACAGAGUUGAAUCUCAUAUUCGGAAAGCUGCCUUUCAUCUACGAAACUCAUAUAAAAAUGUUAGAUGAAAUCAGGUGGACGGCUGCUCAUUGGAGCGAAGAUCACAGCAUCGGGAACAUAAUUGUCAAAUACUCCACAGAAUUGCAAAGGGCGUAUCCACCGUUUAUAAAUUACUUCGAAGAAAUGAAAGAAGUGUUGUGCCAAUGUGAUCAAAAUAAACCUAGGUUUCAUGCUUUCCUGAAAGCGUGCCAGACUAGGCCGGAAUGUGGCAGGCAGAGUUUGCAGGAGUUAAUGAUUAGGCCCGUGCAAAGACUUGGUAGCAUUAGUUUGUUGUUAAAUGAUAUGUUAAAAAAUACAUCGAAAACGAAUCCCGACCAUGCCGCAUUAGAGCAAGCUUUAGCGGCAUUAAGGGAGGUAAUGACUCACAUAAAUGAAGAUAAGAGGAAAGCAGAAGGCCAAGUUACUUUAUUUAAUAUUUUCAACGAUAUAGACAAUUGUCCGCCAGGCAUAGUCUCGUCUCAUCGAAACUUCAUUGCGAAAACCGAAGUGAUUCAGAUAUCAUCGACCGAAGGGCUCGCCAGCAAAGGCAACAACCUCGUACUAUUUCUGUUCUCCGAUCAGUUGGAGGUGUGCAAGAAAAAGUCGAAAGCGUUCAACAGUCUGAAGAGUCCUUCGACGGUGACAGCGGGUGUUUCUGUUGGUGGUUCCUUGCAGAAUCGGCAGCUCAGCAAACCCUACAAGCACGUCAAACUAUUGGCUCUGAAUACUAUCAAACGUGUGAUAGAUAUUAAAGAGACGGAAGAAUGUCAAAAGGUUUUCAGUUUGGUGUGUAGGAAUAACGACGAUUUGAAGGAGAGGUUGUAUUCGUUUGCGAUGGCGGACGAAGAGGCCGAUAAAGUGACGUUUUUGAAAACGUUGACGAGACAAAUGGCGAAUAAUGCUUGUACGGCGGAUGCGGAUAAAUUCAUGGCGUACUUAGAACCACAACAGCUUGAUAUAGAGACCAGUGAUGUAAAUAAUGGCACACUUUCGAAAGCAUUCAAAUUCGCUACGACCAGACUUAAAGUAAGCCGCGCAUUCUCGUUUAAUAAAACCCCCUCAAAGCUAAAAAGGGCAGUAUCAUCGAUGAUGUCGCCUUUUGGCAGCUCAACGAAUCUCACUCCAGCAUCUCAAUUAGCUCAAAUGAAGCUAGCCAGUUACAGUAAUAUUAAUGAAUUAGGUAACACCGAUAGUUCCAAUCAAACGCAACCAGUAGCGCCGAUGUCCGUACAACCAACUCGAAAAAUGAAAUCGUCUUCACUAGGAGUUAAUGCGCUGAAGCGAUUAUAACGUUUAUUUCAUAAGUUUUAUUAUUAUAUUUUAUGAAGUCUAUUAUAUUUGUAUAUAAAUUUUAAUGUAUAAGAAUAUAUUUUUAUCUUCUAUUAUUUUAGCCGGAAGAUUGUAAUUAGCUACCUGACAUAUUGAACAAAAACUGUUGUAAAUUUUAUAAAUUAGCAGUUCAUCUUGCAUUUUAUUUUGAAAUAUGUAUCAUAUUUAUUCUUUUAAUUUUACAAGUUUGACUUGAUUCAUACUUGUAGUUUUAUACAGCGUUAUUUAAUACACCUUAUAGGUGAAUUUUAAGUUAUUUUAAAAAAAAUGAAAUAUACAAAUCUCGCAGCUG